AAGUAGAAAGAGAAAUUAAAUCGAUGGAGAAAACUCAGAAACUCAAACGAAGAAGAAGAGAGUUUGAGAAAAUUCAUAUACCUAACGAAAUCGUCGAAGAAAUCAUGGUGAGGCUUCCGGUGAAAUCGCUCACGAGAUUUCAAAGUGUGUCGAAAUACUGGAGAACUCUGAUCACGUCCAAGGAUUUCGGGGAAAGACACAUGGCUCUUGAGAAAAGCAAAGGAUGCAAACUCAUUUUUGUCUGUGAUGAUUUUGAAGAUCGUGCGGAGGACACUCUGUUUUUAAAAACAGUUGCCUUGGAGAAGACGUCAGCUUCUGAGGGAGAUGAACAAGCUUUCGAAUUCCAAGGAUUUAAUGGGUUUCUCGAUAUUUCCGAGAGCUGUGAUGGCCUUAUCUGCUUCUACGACACUAAAAGAGCAGUGGAAGUUAUGAAUCCGGCCACAACAAUGUUCAUACAACUCCCUCUAUCGAGAAUUCAACGGCUUUGUAUAUACAUGAAUCCAAACUCGGAGGAGCCAGUUCAAGAUCCAAAUCCUGUUCCAGACCCAAUCAUGUCAUGUUCUCAGUUUGGGUUUGGGAAAGACAGCGUUAAUGGAAGUUAUAAACUAGUAUGGAUGUAUAAUACUUCUCCUGCUACUCCUCCUACGUGCGAGGUUUUGGAUUUAGAGGGAAAAAAAUGGAGGUUCGUGAAUACUAAUACUCUUGAUCAUCAUAAGAUCUUGUUCAGUCAGAGGCCAGUGUUUGCAAACGGAUCACUCUACUGGCUCACGGGAGAUGAACAAGGAUAUGCAACAACACAAACCAAACUCAUACUUUUCGAUAUUCAUACAGAGAUGUUUCAAGUCAUCCAAACACCGCCUUUUAUUACCCAUGAUGCAUCUGGUGACAAGAUUGGUUUAUGCAAUCUUGAUGGUCGUCUCUGUAUUUCUGAGUUGAAGAAAGAUUGCAAGCAGGAGUUUUGGUGGAGAAUUGAAGACACCAACACAUGGGAGAGGAUCUUCUCGGUUGAUUUGCAUUCUACUUCCACUUGGUUUGGUGGUAUCACCUGGCAGCCUCUCACACCUUUAACCAUCUCUAGGGACACCAAUAAAGUCAUUCUCUCACUUCGCUAUCAAGAUAAUCUCGUUGCCCUCGAUCUUGAUCCCAACUCUUCAGUUUGUCAUUUGUAUUUUUCUGGUUACUACGGCUUAGUAUGUCCUUAUUUUCCAAGUUUUGUCACUUGCCAUUGAAGUUUUAGCAAGUUUGUAGCUCUUUCAUAGAGAAAAAUAAAAACCGGCCAUUUUAAGUUCAUUAUCCAAUAACUUGAGAAUGAAAAUCAAAUUGUAUG